GCCGAAAAUCGGGACUCUCCUCUUUGUCCUGCACCACUCUGGGCACCCCCGGGCGCUGAAUAGUGGACUUUUUCAGGCUCUUCAUCACUUUGUUGAGGAACCGCGUAGGUACCCGUAGAGCUGGGACAGUGAUUGUCUGAGCGAAGGCCUCUUUGUCAAGAGAAGUCAUACCACGGACCUGCGGAGGAGCCUGGUACAGUUUAGUCUCCAUGAGGAGCGUCGGUGCGAAGUUUGUAAAAGGAGAGACUGCUGUGCUGAGUUUUCGGAGAUUAGGAACGUUUGCCUUGUGUCGUGUCUGUACGCCUAAGACUCUCCCGAGGAGGCUGUAAAGACAACGCGGACGUAUUAACAGUAGACGUGAGAAAACUAAUAUGCAUUAAAUACAAGUUUAGACGGAAUGUCUCAUAUUUUACCGGUUAAUUUCACAAAAAAAUGACACUCAGCGUUUACCUCAACAUCCUUCAGUCAAAGGCAUGCUUCUUCGACAACGUCAUUCGUGGUGGACCGUCGCUCUCGUGUGAUUGGCUGGAAUAGGAAAAAGCUUGUGUUUGAUUGGUCAAUAGCUUAAAUGACGUAAAACUGCGACGGAAACAACAGGCACGUGACUCCCGACACUUAACAACAACAACAAGCCGAUGAGUACAGGAUACAAAAGUUAACCCGAGAAUAUAACUUUAUAAUAAUGUCAAUCUUUGGGCCAAAGGUUUUGUGACAGAGUUUCUCGUGUUCUUUACUGGGGAAAAUGAGUAUCAACGGCAAUGGAAACGCGGAAUUUUACAGCCAUCAAUCUGACACAGGAGACACUGAGGGGAACGAUACAACGCCUUUGCUGUCUAAUGGUGUGCAGAGGAGCCGAGCCAGAGGCGCCUCCUUUGCCUCCUCUGUUUUUAAUCUGAUGAAUGCAAUCAUGGGCAGCGGCAUUCUCGGACUCGCUUACGCCAUGGCAAGCACCGGCAUUGUUGGCUUUUGCAUCCUUUUGAUACUCGUGUCGAGCCUGGCGGCGUAUUCCAUACAUCUUCUCCUCAAGCUUUGUGACCUGACAGGAAUCAAUUCAUAUGAAGAGCUGGGUGGAAGAGCAUUACAAAAACCAGGAAAAGUUCUGGUUGGGAUUGCGAUCGUCAUCCAAAAUGUUGGCGCCAUGUCAUCAUAUUUGUUCAUCUUGAAGUCUGAGCUUCCGUCAGCCAUUGCCGGCUUCCUGAGUCCAGACCAGUCAAGAGAGGCCUGGUUUGAAGAUGGUAGACUGCUUCUAAUCAUCGUCACACUAUGUGUGGUACUUCCUCUUGCGAUAUUGCCAAAAAUUGGCUUCCUGGGCUACACCAGCAGCCUAGCCUUCUUUUUUAUGCUCUACUUUACCAUUGUGGUUGUGGUAAAGAAAUGGUCCAUCCCCUGCCCGCUGCCAAAAAACAGCACCACGUCUCUAGGUGCAUACCAGGUAUCAAAUUCCUCCGACUUGGAAUGCACGCCUCGACUUUUUAUCCUUUCCAGUAGGAGUGCCUACGCCAUCCCCACCAUGGCCUUCUCCUUCCUAUGCCACACAGCCGUCCUACCCAUCUACUGCGAACUGGACCGGCCGACCAAAACGAGGAUGCAAAAGGUCACCAACGUCGGCAUCGGCCUCAGCUUUCUGGUUUACUUGGUUUCGGCCCUUUUUGGCUACCUCACGUUCUACGCUCACGUGGAAUCUGAGCUUUUGCUAGGCUACGACGCGUACUUGCCACGUGACGUAAUGGUGACGACGGUUCGGCUUGCCAUACUCAUCUCUGUGCUGUUGACCGUACCGCUCAUCCACUUCCCUGCUCGUAAGGCCGUGAUCUUACUACUCCGUGGGGAUCGGCCCUUUUCCUGGCUGAUCCACGUCGCCGCAACUGUGCUCAUUCUAGGAGUGGUGCUCCUGCUGGCCAUCUUUGUGCCAGAUAUCCGAAAUGUGUUUGGAGUAGUGGGAUCGACGACGUCCAGCUGUCUCUUGUUUGUCUUUCCCGGCCUCUUCUACCUCAAGAUUAGCCGCCAGCCUUUCCCCUCUUUUGACUUCAUCGGGGCGCUGAGUCUGGUGGUCUUUGGUUUAAUCAUGGGCGUUAUCAGUUUCUCCAUCAUUAUCUUCACAUGGAUACAAAGUUCCGAAUAGGUUCCUAGAAAAGAGCGAAUUAUACCAAAGGACUUGAUGGAUGAAAUAAAGGAAAAGCUGCGUGCCAUUCUUUGCCGCCUCAAGAUUUGUAUUUUGAUCUAAAGUUGUCAUAGUGCAUGGGAAUCCAGCACAAAAUCAGUUGUUUUUUUUUUGUUUUGUUUUGUUUUGUAAUUACCUCGCCAUUUUUAUAAGGGAUCAUUUUGUUUACAGUCUAACAUUGCAUUUUUGAAAUUUGCACAUUUCAAAUCAAGUGUAUUUACUAAAAGAUUUGCCUUGAUUGGGACGUACUGCUUUAUCAAACGUUGCACAUGUUAUUGAGAAAUUUUGAUUGCCUGCUACUUGGAGUAGUACUCGAUUGUACUGUAAGUGUUUACUAUGCAACUUCAAAUGUACUCUACUGCCCGUCAAAAAAGACUCAAUAAAAGGAUGAAAUGUGUUAAGUAUGUCACUUUCUUG